UAGAACUAUUGUACGGCUGCCAGUGACUGUCUGUAUUAGGGUUUGGAGCAGGAACAUGGAUUUGAAGACAUUAAAACUGUUUAAUUCUCAGUUGAGAUGUGGCUGGCUUUUAUACAUUUGGAAUAAAGCAUUUAUGGCACAUCUCAGGGUUCCUCAAGAUGAAUGGACGGGGUACACCCCUCGAGGCAGGGACGAUGAAAUUCCAUGCCGAAGAAUGCGAAGUGGCAGCUACAUCAAGGCCAUGGGGGAUGAAGACAGUGGGGACUCAGACACAAGUCCCAAGCCUUCUCCCAAAGUGGCUGCGCGAAGAGAAAGCUAUCUCAAGGCGACCCAGCCAUCCCUCACAGAACUCACCACCCUCAAGAUUUCCAAUGAACAUUCACCCAAACUCCAGAUCCGGAGUCACAGCUACCUGAGGGCAGUAAGUGAAGUGUCAAUCAACCGAAGCCUGGACAGCCUAGACCCUGCAGGCCUGCUCACAUCACCAAAGUUCCGCUCCCGGAAUGAGAGCUACAUGCGAGCUAUGAGCACCAUUAGCCAGGUGAGCGAAAUGGAAGUGAAUGGGCAGUUCGAAUCCGUGUGCGAAUCCGUGUUCAGCGAGCUGGAGUCGCAGGCGGUGGAAGCGCUCGACCUGCCCAUGCCCGGCUGCUUCCGCAUGCGGAGCCACAGCUACGUGCGGGCCAUCGAGAAGGGCUGCUCCCAGGACGACGAGUGCGUGUCCCUGAGGUCGUCCUCCCCGCCACGCACCACCACCACGGUGAGGACCAUCCAAAGCAGCACGGGUGUCAUAAAACUGAGUUCUGCAGUUGAAGUGUCAUCUUGCAUUACAACAUAUAAGAAGACACCACCUCCAGUCCCACCCAGAACUACCACGAAACCUUUCAUUUCUAUCACAGCCCAGAGUAGCACAGAGUCUGCGCAGGAUGCCUACAUGGACGGACAGGGCCAGCGAGGGGACAUUAUCAGCCAGUCUGGACUCAGCAACUCCACAGAAAGCCUGGACAGUAUGAAGGCUCUGACAGCCGCCAUCGAGGCCGCCAACGCCCAGAUUCACGGCCCUGCGAGUCAGCACAUGGGCAAUAACACUGCCGCGGUCACCACCACCACCACCAUAGCCACAGUCACCACAGAGGACAGGAAGAAGGACCUUAAGAAAAACCGAUGCCUGUCUAUCGGGAUACAGGUGGAUGAUGCUGAAGAACCUGACAAAGCAGCAGAGAAUAAAGCACCCAGCAAGUUCCAGUCCGUGGGCGUGCAAGUAGAAGAGGAGAAGUGUUUCCGCAGGUUCACUCGAUCCAACAGCGUGACAACGGCGGUGCAGGCGGACCUGGACUUCCAUGAUAAUCUGGAAAAUUCUAUGGAAUCUAUAGAGGACAAUUCGUGUCCCGGCCCCAUGGCCCGGCAGUUCUCCCGGGAUGCCAGCACCUCCACCGUCAGCAUUCAGGGCUCAGGAAACCACUACCACGCCUGCGCAGCCGACGACGACUUUGACACGGAUUUUGACCCCUCGAUUCUGCCUCCUCCGGACCCCUGGAUUGACUCCAUCACCGAAGACCCCCUGGAGGCCGUGCAAAGGUCAGUGUGCCACCGGGACGGCCACUGGUUUCUGAAGCUUCUCCAAGCAGAGCGGGACCGCAUGGAAGGGUGGUGCCAACAGAUGGAGAGAGAAGAGCGGGAAAACAACCUCCCGGAAGACAUUCUAGGGAAAAUCCGAACCGCAGUGGGCAGUGCCCAACUUCUCAUGGCCCAGAAAUUCUACCAGUUCAGAGAACUGUGUGAAGAAAACCUGAAUCCUAAUGCUCAUCCAAGGCCCACCUCCCAGGAUUUGGCGGGGUUUUGGGACAUGCUGCAGUUGUCCAUAGAAAAUAUUAGUAUGAAAUUUGAUGAACUUCAUCAGUUAAAGGCCAAUAAUUGGAAACAGAUGGAUCCUCUUGACAAGAAGGAGAGAAGGGCCCCUCCUCCAGUGCCAAAGAAGCCGGCGAAGGGCCCCGCGCCGCUGAUCCGGGAGCGCUCGCUGGAGAGCUCGCAGCGCCAGGAGGCCCGCAAGCGCCUGAUGGCCGCCAAGCGCGCCGCGUCCGUCCGCCAGAACUCGGCCACCGAGAGCGCCGAGAGCAUCGAGAUCUACAUCCCCGAGGCGCAGACCCGGCUCUGAGCGCCGCCCGCCCAGUCUCUGUGGCCCCUCCACCGCCCCAUCCCCGCAGCCGUCUCCCCCCACCCCUCCGAGCCCGUCUGUUUCUGAGCUCAGUGACUUCCACUGUCGUGGUGUAGUGGUCCACCUCGCAGGAGCCGUCCCCCCACCCCACCCCCGCGCCGUCCCGCUUCCCGAACCAAUUUGCCCAUCUUCACCGAGCUGCGCCCCCUUAAUUUCCCGAUGCCGGCCCCCUGCCUCAUACAGAGAUCCAACCCUUUAUUUUCUGGGCCAAGCCAAACCCACCUGUGUAGAAAAGACACCUUUAGGUCACCUGCCAUCCUCAGUUUUUCUCAAGCUAGUGUGUUCCUAGAGCUCAGCAAUAUAAAACCAUAGGGUAUUUCAGAAAUCCAGUAUCACAGGGUGAUCCUUUGGGACUUUCCGUCUUCCACAUGAAAGAAACGAGGGCUCCGAUUCCCUUUAUUUCCCCUAAAUGGUUAUUCUUUCUUCUUUUUUUAAAAAAAAAAAAAAAGCAGAUGGAGCACUUUAUUUCCAACCUCAGAUUAUCACACCAUCUCACCCCGGAAUCCAUGAAUGACAAAAGAGAGAGGGGACCAAGCUGGCCUGGGGGUGGGGGUGGGGGAGACCUGGAUGUGUAGGAUUGAAGGGAGAAGCGAAAUCUGCAGGUGCUAGGGGCACCUGCACCUCUCACAGCUGCACAAACUGCCUCGCUGUUAACUUCAUCAAUCACAGCUUCAAAUGUUUCAAUCAGCAGAAGAUUGUAAAUUUGAUCUUUCAGGGAAAUUAAUCUAUUCUGAAAGGCAAUAAAAAUGAAGAAGGCAAGGCAAAGCGAAGGAAGCGCUGAUGGUUUGAGAUACUGCAUAAGGGAUUUUAUUUUUUUUUUCUCCUAUUUUUAAGAAAAAUUUAGGCCUGAAAUGUUUUCUCAACUUUUAUUGUACUAUGUAUAUUAUAUUGUCGUUGUGGCGGUGAUUUUUAAAGGGCAAAGUGUUGCUUCUGUUAAUUUAGCGUCCAUCCUGGUGGACCUGGCUAAUGACACACACAUAAGUAUACAUCUCCUUCUGAAGCACUGUAAACAGCAGCAAAGCUGUUUUCAGAGAAGGGUUUGGGUUUUCCUAUCAUCCCUUUGAAUGCUACACAUCCGUCUAGUUGAACCCACUCGUUCACAUUUCAGGUAUAUUUCCUUCUUUAGCCUCUUCUGCUUACUAUCCAGAGUUUGCUCACUCCCCACCAUAGGAUUUUGUCCUAUGUCAAAUGGAGAAACUAAGUUUAUUACCCCAAUAGACAUGCUGCCUCAUUCCAAAGAGCUUUCAUUGUCAUCUUGAGGUUCCAGGUAGGGAGAGAAGAAGUCUGACCUGCAGGGGUCAACAGCCAUGAGGAGGGGGAAAGGUUAUAUGAUUCAGUCACAGACAGAAGUCCAGGCACUGGGCAGAGUUUGUUGGUUUACAUUUUUAGUCAUGAUUGAUGGGCAGUAUGCAUUGGUGUCUAGCUGAAGAUGUCUUCAAAUGCCCUUACUCGUAGCAGUUUAAACAUUUAGAAUGUGGCGAUCUUAAAGUAUCACUGGCAUAUUAUGUCCAGUUCACACCUUAAAGCAUUAGAAAUUUGCCAUUGAACAAGAAAUGAAAGACUUUUUUAAAAAAUAAAAUAUGCUUGCACCAGAGAAGCUUUUAAAAAAAUAAUAAUAAUACACUCUCAUAGCCAGGUGCUAAUUUAAUUUUAUUUAAGAGAGGUGAUGGGUUCUGGCAACGAAUACUUUCACAGACAUAUUCUAAAACCACUAGAGAAUUCGCUACCUCUCAGAGCCAUUGAUGCUUUGAGCUAUCUUUAUCCACAGGGCACAAAUGUUUACUGCUGUGGUUUACAAGAAAAGGGCUACUAACUUAUUUAAAAAACAACCAACCAACCAACUUUUAACUAGGGUAAGCCAAGCACCUUUCUGAAAGUGCUUUGUAAAAUGGGGGGAAACAGAUUUUUGAGCUUCAAAGUGUUUGCUAGUUCAGAAGAACACACCAUUUCUUACCUUGUAGCAGCAAUGAAGUGUCACAUAAAGUUUGCCGCAAGGAAGGCCAACUGUCACCUUGGGUCACCUAUGGUCACAGUCACUACUGAGAAUGACUUGGAACUCAGCAGAGUGACAGGAAGGAAGCAGCAUCCAUUCCCUAACCCAUGUUCACACCCAUGGCGCUGUGCCCUGAGGCAGAGUUAAGAUCUGGAUUAAGAAAUCGAUUUCUAACAUGAUUAAGACCAUCCUACAAUAUUUUCUUUGGAAACUGAUUUAGCCCAAGAUAUUUUAAAGAGAGACAAGAUAAGACCUAUUUAUCUUGUCUAAGCGAAUGGUAUUUGUAUAUUCAUAAGCUAUUUUUGGUAAGAAUUUUAAAUCUUUUAGCUGACUGCCUACAGGGCAUCAUGACCUUUGCCUUCCUUAAAAAACACAGUUUAAAUUGUACAAACACUUUAUAAAAAGCUAAUUAUUGAUGUUAGAACAUGACCCCCCCACAAUGCUGUUUGCUAACCACUUGAACCCCGAAACUGACAUCCAUGAGCUUAACCUUUGUUACAUUGUUCUUUUUGAUGUAAUUUGUAGAAAUGUUUUUUAGUUCAUAAUGGAAAAUGUAUGUACCCUGAAAAAUUACUUAUUUUGUUUAACUUUGGUACAAAGGUGUUGGGCAUUUUCUUGGGGCGGGGGGGAUUACAAAAGAAGUUUGUCUCCCACAUCAAAAAAUGUUCAAAGAAAUUAAGUAUUUAUUAUAUUUUUUGCAGAUGUUUCCAUACAAUUCACAUAACCUUUUUGUAAAGAGAGAUGAAGAAAUGGAUUAAAGAUUUUUAAUAUUUGAAAUGGUAAAUAGAACUAAUUUAUUUGUAAUAUAUUUCUGUUAUUUAUAGAUGUUUCCUUAAUGUUUUACUGUGCAUUACCACUUUAAUUUAAGCCUUAUCCUUGUGAAUUUACCAUUUCUUUUUUAAAACAUGUCUAGAUGCAUAUUUUAAAUAACUGGAAUGUAAAUCACUAGCAUAUCUGAAUUCCCAAAUGUAAUUUUUAAAAAUUAUUUUGGUUCGGAAAAAAAAAAAAAGAUUCAUUUGAAAGCCUUCAGAUGGAGGGGUGGGGAACAUUUUUAUGGCUUUCUGAAUUGGAAUUUCAUAGGCUUAUUUACCUAGAUUGUGUGUGGAUUAAAAAAAAAUUGUAAAUAGAUGAACGUUUCCCAAAUGUAAAAAGAAGAAAUUAAUAAAAUAAUUAAUGCACCUGCU